AUUUGAGUUUCACUGUGUCAGCAGCUUAAGCUGCUCCCACUCCCAGCUCCGCUAUUGGUCAAAACAAAAAGCUCUAAGCCUCUAAUCUUUGCUUGCUUGGCGGUCAAGAAAAAGUUUCCUGGUUUUUGUUUUUCUCAAAACAAAAGGUUCUAAUCUUUCCUUGACGAUCAAGAAAAAGAAUCCAGUUGUUUCCACUUUGUUAGAUAUAUAUCUUUCUGUCUGGGUGGUAGGGAGACUGAACUACUGAACUACUGAACUACUGAACUACCGAGCAGAAGAGAAAGGCGAGAGAGACUGAACAAUUUACAAUCCGUUCUGUUCUGUUCGCAGUUCCUAACCCGUCAUUUCUCUGGAAGGUUUGGGAGUCCUACUGAUGGCAUACAUCCCACCACACAGGAGGCAUCUAAAAGAUUCAGUUAGGGCGUUUCCCACUCCAGAUUUGCUUGUUCCUCGGUUUGAGAGAAACCUCAAUCUGAAUUCAACCAAGUAUUAUUCAGAUAGGAGGAAAGGUAAACAGGUAGUGUCAGGGGGAAAGAUAGUUUAUGCAACUCAAGCCAUCUCUAGAUGGUGGGUAGUUGGCUAUGAGGAUGGCCACUUUCCUGCUUUCCUGCUGGAACCAACUUCCUGUGAAUACUUUGAGCGAAAAUCUGGUGAAAAACCACUGGCUUUAGUGAGCGUCCAUGAGCCAAAAGGAGUCGAUAAGCCCACAAGGAGCUGCGAAAGAAGCCCAUGGGUUUCUAUCAUAGAGAAGAUACAAGACGAUCUACAAACAUCUGUGCAAAACAUGAUGAAUGGAAUGGAUUUGCAAGAGUCUGAAGAAGUAAAGGCUUCCUUUGUAGCUAGAUUUGGAAAAAUUCUCUUCCACCAGAGACCAGCUAGUCAACUGGCCACAAUCAGCCAAAAAUCAGCUGUUGAAAUUGCUUUAAGUCAAGUGAAUAGAUCAUUCUACACAAAUAUUCCUGGCUCAUAUGUUGAGUACAUUCUACAAGGUAUCAUACCAAAGAUUGGAGUUGACUUUGAAGAAGAGAAAGAGUAUUACCAUGUGAAGGUCUCUGACAAAUGCCGACCUACUGCAACCUUAUCAUGCAAAUGCAAAGCAAUGAAAAUGGAGGGAAAAUUAGAGCUCCAGAAGGUUGAAUUAAAUCCAGUGCGCCAACUAGUAGUGGAUAUGUCAUGCCCCGAGAAGGAUCUAGACCUGAGGUUGGCGCUGUGCACUAAGAAGAUACUGAAGGAAUUGCUUCACGAGGAGAUGGAUGGCAUAAAAAAAUUAAUUGCUUCUGCAAUUAUUGAUCAAGAUGCGAAAGGAGGAUUGAGAUGGCCACUGGGGAAAGAGACUUUUGGGGACAGAUACAUUAUUGUUGGUGUUUGGCACACCAAAGCUAAAACUUUUAAGAAUUCCUCAAUGAGGAUCAAGUUAAGAGAUGCUGAUCGAUUUGAUUUCAUAGCUUCAAGUGGGGAAGUUGCAAAGGAAGCUAGUCUGAAGCUGACAGGAAUAAAUACAUUGUUACGGGAUGGAAUGGUGGAAAUAGGCCCAAUCAGUAAGUUGCUUGAAGACAAUUUGAAAUUGAUAUGGGAGCACUUCUUAAGAUGUGAUGGCAGUCGAAAGUUGUCUAACAGUCAAGUCUCCUGGACUCUCUUCCAGACUAUGGACUUCCCUGUGGUUGAGGAAUGGAUGAGGCUAGGAGGCUCACUGGUCUCUGCGUCCUAUUCCGAGUAUGAUUGGUCAAUUCCCUUCCCUGGCUUCCAUGUUCCUGGAUCUACGGGUACUUCUACGGAGGGCUUGGCUCACGUGAGCAUGGGGCCGGUUCACAGCAUGGCUGAGGGGCCCUCUUCCAUCUUUGGCUUCCCAAGGUGGACGUACAUGGAUGCUCGUGAUCCCUUAGUGCAGAUGAUCCUACUGAGGACUCCCAUGGCUGAUGAGGGCAUGGGCCUCCCCAUCGCCUAUGAUUUUAGCUUAUUUGAGACCAAGUAUAUGUUGAAACCUUGCUUUUCCAUUUUUCUUGGGGAUCUUGAUGAGCUUUUAUUGGCAUCUCUUAUUCUUUGUUUGGAGAUUGCCAACCUUCGGCGCGAGGUUGGAUUAGCUUAA